AUGACAGAAAACUUCAUCUUGAGCGGGUAUCGCUGCCCAGGCUACACCUUUGCUCAGUGCCUGGUCUCGGCCUUCCGGCCCACCAAUGAAACUGGCAACUUCUGGACCCACUUCCUGGCCAUUUUUGUCUUUGCCUUCCACUUUCUGGAGCAGUUCUGGGGGGAAGGCCAGAGAGUGCCUGGGGGGCUUCUGGAUCCCUUCUACUACCCCCUCUGGAAUUACUUUCUGGGGGUCUGUGGCCUGCUGGUGGCCAGCAGCAUGGCCCACCUCUUCAACUCCAUGUCACUGGUCAUCCGGGAGAUCUGCUUCUACAUUGACUACGGCACCAUCAGCGCCUACACUUGCCUGAUCGCCCUAUUCUGCACCCUGGCCUGCUGCAGCACCCGCCACCAAUGGCCACGGUACCGCUACCUCAUCCGCACCCUGGUCUUCCUGCUCCCCUUUGGGGUGGUCUCGAUCCCAGUCUUCCACAAGCUGUGGCAGGCCGGGGGUGGGCAAGGAACCAGCCACUUCUUCCUGCGCCACUGCUUCUGGUUGCUGGCCUCGGGGAUCUUCAACGUCGGCAAGAUCCCCGAACGCUUCAGCCCGGGGAAGUUUGACAUCUGGGGCCACAGUCACCAGUGGUUCCACUGCUGCACGUUAAUGAGCAUCUUGGAUGAACUCUACAUGAUCCAAGGAGAAAUGCAGGAGUUGGGAGCAGGGCUCCCUCUCCUGCCCAGAGCGCCCACCUUCCUCUCCACCUUCGGCGUGAUGCUGCUGCUGCUGCUGGCUGGCAUCGUUGGCUGGUUUGGGGUCAGAGCACAUGCAAGUCACCAGCGGAGCAAGGGGACUAAAAUGCACUGA